UUCGUCGGCCAUUCUUAAAGUUUUUCAUUUAUUCUUGCCCAUUCUCGUGGAUAUAACCUAUUUGUGAAUAUAACCUCUAUAAUAUGUGAAGCGGUGAAUUUAAAUAAUAUUGAGUCUUUACGUAUUAUUGAUAGUUUAAAUGUUUGAAUUUUAUAUACUAUUCAAUUUUAUAGUAAAUAUUUAUUUGAUAAUAACAAAUUGUUCAUGUAACGUACAUAAACAACAUAGGUGCAUUUGUUAAAUUAUUAUCUAGAUAAUUUAAUACUUAUAAAUAAUAUUUUCAUUCUUUAACAAAUAACAAAAUAUAAAUAAAAGAAAUAAAAAAUGAGUUGUGCUAUAUUAAAUCGAUUAGUAUUAAUACCGUGUAGGCAGAGUAUAAAUUGUGGUAUUUACCGUAAAGUUGAAAAUGUGUUUACGUUCACUCAAAAAAAGAUUACUGUACCACUAAGUUACUCUGUAAAUAUGAAUGUAUUUAUUUCCUGUAGAUCUUUUCAUAAGAUUCAGUUUCUCCAAAGUAUUGCAACUAAUAAGACAGGAAUUCAAGAGAAUAUUUCAACGCUUCAAUUAAAAAAGAGAUCAAUAAGGAAAAAUAAACAAGUGGUAGGAGAAGAAGCAUCUUUAACUCCUGGAGUUUGGAUCAUAAAAGCAUUGGCUACAGCGGAGGAGUAUAAUUUAGAAAACUUAGAAGCAGGACUCUUAAGUCAGCAGCUGUAUAUCCCUCAGAAGAUUUGUACAUCUACAAACCCUUUACCAGAUGUUAUUCAUGCAAUAGCAAAAUAUGAGGUAGGAUACGAACCGAGAGAAUUAUAUUUUUUCCGGGAAGGUACAGUCGUUAUGUGGAAUAUUCCUGAUCUGGAAAGUGGGAACAUAUUAAAGUUUUUAAAACAUUUUGAAGAAAAUAGUUAUACGUCGGAAUUAAUUCACGCGGAGAGUGAAAUAAUGACUUAUACGUAUACAGAAAACGGAAAAAAAUGUCAUAUUAAGGAUGGAAAUAUAAUACUUACAAAAGAUGCUACAAAUUUAGAAAAAUUUACGUUUUCCAAUGCAAUGGCACAAUCUGUAAAACUUGGAAUCUGGGAAGCAUCGUUAUGCAAUUAUAUAAAUACGGUUGAAUUUGUGACGGAAGAUUUAAGGAGUGGUCAAAAGUUACGAAUGUCACAACGCGAGGUCCUUAGGAAACAAGGCGAAUUAUUUGCAUUAAGGCAUUUAAUUAAUUUAAGUUCAGAUUUAUUGGACACGCCUGAUUUUUAUUGGGAACGUGACGAUUUGGAAGAUUUAUAUCAACAAAUAUAUGGAUACUUCAAUAUAGCAAAACGUACAAGGGUGAUGAACGAAAAAUUAAAUCAUUGCGUGGAGCUCGUCGCAAUUCUUUCCAGUCAUUUGAGUGAUCGACAUCACAUUCGUUUAGAAUGGAUGAUUAUAAUUCUUAUAAUGGUAGAGGUCGCAUUUGAAACUUUACAUUAUAUUGAUAGAUUUCUUGUAAAAUAGAUAUUACAUAGGUAUUUCCAUAUACAUAUAUUAAGCGUACAUUUUUAAUGUGUAUAGAGUUGAAAAACAUUCAUUAAACUAUUGUACAUAUAUUUAAAAAUGUAAUUUU